GACGAAGAUGAGAAUUGGGCAAAAAAAGCGAUCGACAAUUUGAUGAAAAAACUGAUAAAGCACAACAAACAGGCACUCGAAAAUCUGGAAUUCGCGUUGAGGUGUCAAGGACAACAAAAAACCGAAUGCGUGACGAUUCCACGAUCGCUGGACGGACGGCUUCAAAUUUCGCAUCGAAAGGCCCUCCCCCAUGUGAUCUAUUGCCGUGUCUACCGUUGGCCAGAUCUUCAAUCCCAUCAUGAGCUGAAAGCCAUCGAAGAUUGCCGAUUCUGCUAUGAAUCCGGUCAAAAAGAUAUUUGCAUCAACCCCUACCACUAUAAAAGAGUCCAUGCGGCCGGCGUUCUUCCACCAGUUCUGGUGCCCCGUUAUUCCGAAAAACCACCCCAAGAAGUGCCACCAACACUGGCAAAAUUCCAGUUGAUGGAGAUGAGUGGGUCGAAGAUGCCACAGAACGUCAAUAUGGCAAACGUCAAUUUUACAGCCAACCAAUUUCAUCAAUACAAUCAAAAUGGAAUCGAAGAAAUGGACACAUCGCAAAAGUUCGACAUACCUCCAGGAGUUCCAACAUGUUUGGUUCCAUUCGAUAAAGGAUGGGAUGAACAAUUUUGGGCAACAAUCAGUUAUUAUGAAUUGAAUACUCGAGUUGGAGAACAGGUCAAAGUGUCAUCGUCAACUAUUACAAUUGAUGGAUUCACUGAUCCGUGUAUUAAUGGAAGCAAAAUUAGUUUGGGACUCUUUUCGAAUGUUAAUCGGAAUGCAACCAUUGAGAAUACAAGAAGACAUAUUGGAAAUGGUGUCAAACUGACCUAUGUCCGUAGCAAUGGAGCUCUUUUCGCUCAAUGUGAAAGUGAUUCUGCGAUUUUUGUCCAAUCCAGAAACUGUAACUAUAUCAAUGGCUUCCACCCGACAACUGUAGUCAAAAUUGCGAACAAGUGUUCGUUGAAAAUUUUUGAUAUGGAAAUUUUCAGAACUUUGCUCGAAGAUUGUAGUCGUCGUGGAUUCGAUGCAUCAUUUGAUCUUCAAAAAAUGACAUUUAUCCGAAUGUCAUUUGUCAAGGGAUGGGGUGCUGAGUAUCAGAGACAGGACGUUACUUCAACUCCAUGCUGGAUUGAAAUUCAUCUUCAUGCUCCGUUGGCUUGGCUCGAUCGAGUUCUGUUCACAAUGUCUCCAACUCCUCGCCCGAUUUCUUCAAUUUCAUAA